CAGUGUUUUAAUAAAAGAGGGAUUGAGAGUAUCAAUGUAUGGUAGGGUUGUCCGUUGUCAUUUAGGCUUCUAACGCUACUCUGCAACUCUCUCCAGUUUCCACCAGAAGAAGACAGGGAGCUUCUAGUGUUGUGGCAGCUCGCUCUUCGCUCUAGCGACCAGCAUUGAUCGGUUUCAUCUGAAAGUUGGAAAUUGGAAGGGUAGAGAAUAGAUAUGCUUCUGUAAUUCUAUAGAGAUAUGGCAUUUUGUUGUCGAAUCAGGCAGUUGAAGCUUGUCUCAUUAUCCUAUCAAUGCAAGAAAUGGUACUUUCAGAACCGUGCUGUUAGUUUGGCCCAUGGCUUUACCAGGGAGAUCACGAAUAGUGUGUUGGACAAGCAGGAUUUUUUUAUUUGGGAUAGACCAUCCCAGCUGUACAACAAUGUUUGCUUCUUUUCUUCUCGUGCCAAGUCUAAAUCAAAGAAGGGACAACAACUGAAGAAGGAAGAGAAGGAACCUGACGGUCCUCGGGUCAAUGAGAAAAUUGAUGCCGAAUUCGUUAGGCUUGUCAUGGAUGAAGGACAUGAGAUUGUCCCAAGGCACGAGGCAUUAGAACGUGCAAGGAAGCUCAAGCUUGAUUUAGUUGAGGUCCAACGAACUGCAAAGCCACCUGUUUGUAAACUCAUGGACUUCCAUUUAGAGAAGUACAAACGAAAAUUAAAGGAGAAGGAGCGCACAAAAAGUAAAUCUGAGGUUACUCUACGCACUGGAGAUUGCAAAGAAAUCAAGUUUUCAGCAAAAACUGAACAAAGAGACCUUCAAAUGAAAGCAGAUAUGGCCAAGAGAUUUAUGGAACGUGGAUACCGAGUGAAGUGUACAGCCACGGGUACUGAAAUUCAAGAUCUGGGAGGACUAUUAUCUCGUCUGUCACCUUUGAUAGAAGAUAUUUCAAUUGUGGAAAGUGGACCAAUAGUUGAGAAAAGGCAAGCAUAUGUGAUAGUCAGGCAUAUCAAGUUUGGUACCUCAAAAAAGGGCUCCAGCAAGAAGGCUGCAGAUAUUGCCAGAGCUGCAAAAAUUGACAUUGAGAAAAUCACUACAUCACCACUUCUUACCAACAGUUCCCAACCCAUUCAAAGUACUCUACAGAUAAAAGAAGAUUGGAGUACUACAGAAUCUGGUUUAGAAACUGAUGAAGAAAUCUCUGCUGACCAAGCUGAGAUAUCUAGUGAUGCUCCAAUGGAAAACACAGUGGCUUGGUCAGCUUUUAAUGCAAGUGAUGAUUCUGAGGGCAUCUUUGACUUUGAUGAUAAUGGCAAUGGAGUUAGUUCAGAAAAUUUGACUUGUGGACAAGAGGGUGUGCACUCUCUAGCAGACAAUAGUGCAGAUAUUUUAAGCCCAAAACCAGUAGGUAGGCCUGUGGAAUCGUCAGUUUCUCCCACCUUAACAACACCUUCACCUCGGGGUGAGAAUAGAUACCUUAGAAGUGAACCUAGGAGAAAGCCCCAGCCAAGAAAAUCAACAGAAGGUACAGCUUCUGAGAGUAAACUGUUAAGUGAAGGUAACCAUGAAAAUAGGGGCCUGGGUGCAACAGGCUCUAUAAGGCCAAGAUUCCAGUUUCAAAAUCAAGGAAGAAUGCCACAAACACCUGUAAGUACUUCACCAUCGACAGGGCAAAAGUUAGAGGGAGCAGAUGGUUCCCAAAACCAAAGGCAGGAUCAGUUUCUUCAUAGAACUCCAAGUUCAACUAGUUAUGGCAUUUUUAGUGCUCCAAAACCUGCUGCUGCUCUUGACAAAAAGAGUUCGGUAGUGGGAGUGAAUUUUGAUAUGGAGAGAAGCACAGCUGAUUCCAAUAGUGGAGUUCCAUUAAAUCCAAGGCCGCCAAUGUCAAAAAGUUGAGAACGGCCAAUUGUUGGGCUCUGAUGUUGAAAAAUCAGGGAGUUGGGGGAUAUUUAGCAGAAAGGCGUCUGGAGUGGACCAGAAUAUAGUUUCUGAAGGUCAAGCUAAGAUCCAAAGAUAAUUUAUGCUGCAGGCUGGUAAGAAAAGCCUUUGGGAUUAGAUAUGCUAUCUUUUGAUACUUCAGGCUGGGACUGAGAUAUCUCUCCCUUCAAAUAUUUAUGGAAAUGCAUGUAACAAUAAUUUUCCUUCCCUAUAUUUGCUACAGAAUCACAUCUUAUUUAUUGAUGGGGAUCAGAGAUUUUCUAAUGUACAAGGCAAUUUUGAUUUAUCCAAUUUUGCUAGUUCACAAGAAUAAAUUGGUUCUGUUAAUAACAUUGAUUUCCUGUUGUAUGGAUAUUCAAUUUAUGUUAAUUAGUUGGAGGUUAUAUGCAUUCUCUCUUUUUUUAUUAUAACUAAGCUGGUGGUAUAUGUAAUAGGAUAGAAGUGAAAAAAUGGAAGCUCUAUCAUUUCCGAAUC